AUCUUCCACAUGACCUACGACCUGGCCAGUGCGGUGGUGCGGAUUGUGAACCUAAUUGGGAUGAUGCUGCUGCUGUGUCACUGGGAUGGCUGCCUCCAGUUCCUCGUGCCUAUGCUGCAGGACUUCCCCGACGACUGUUGGGUGUCCCUCAACCGCAUGGUGAAUGACUCCUGGGGGAAGCAGUAUUCCUAUGCACUGUUCAAGGCCAUGAGCCACAUGCUCUGCAUUGGCUACGGGCAGCAGGCGCCCGUUGGCAUGUCAGACGUGUGGCUCACUAUGCUGAGCAUGAUUGUUGGGGCCACCUGCUAUGCCAUGUUCAUCGGCCAUGCCACAGCCCUGAUCCAGUCUCUGGAUUCCUCACGGCGUCAGUACCAGGAGAAGUACAAACAGGUGGAACAAUAUAUGUCCUUCCACAAGCUCCCUGCAGACAUGAGGCAGCGCAUCCACGACUACUACGAGCACCGCUACCAGGGGAAGAUGUUUGAUGAGGAGAGCAUCCUGGGAGAGCUCAGUGAGCCGCUCCGAGAGGAAAUCAUAAACUUCAACUGCCGGAAGCUGGUGGCCUCCAUGCCCCUCUUUGCCAACGCAGACCCCAAUUUUGUGACGUCCAUGCUGACCAAGCUGCGGUUCGAGGUGUUCCAGCCGGGGGAUUACAUCAUCCGAGAGGGCACCAUCGGCAAGAAGAUGUACUUCAUCCAGCACGGGGUUGUGAGCGUCCUCACCAAAGGCAACAAGGAGACCAAGCUGGCGGAUGGCUCCUACUUUGGAGAAAUCUGCCUGCUGACCCGCGGCCGGCGCACGGCCAGCGUGCGCGCCGACACCUACUGCCGGCUCUACUCCCUCUCUGUGGACAACUUCAACGAGGUGCUGGAGGAGUAUCCCAUGAUGCGGCGAGCUUUUGAAACCGUGGCUCUUGACAGGCUGGACAGAAUUGGUAAGUAG